GAACCCAUAUGAGAUUUACCGGGAAUAAAUAGUAAGACAACCCAGAGAGAGGCAGGAGAGUUGCAUGUAGUUCUGCUUGUUAUCUUUCCACAAUCAAAAAUAAAAGUAGAAAAUUACAGGGGGAGAGAGAGAGAGAAAAAGGUGAAGUUUCCGACGAUAAAGUAACGGAAGUUUGCUCCCUACCUUACACGAAUCCAAACAAAGUCCCCAUCAUCCAACGGACACCACUUCGAUUCGAGCUCUCUGGAUCGUUACAACCCAAAAGUUGAUUUUGUAGUUGUGUACUCUACACAAUUAGGCUCGAGUCUUAAUUAACAAAAUCAUAAAUGCAUAUCCAGCUCAGUAGCUUUCUUCUUUCUGUUGCUCUAUGCACUUCUCGGUUGUCAGAACCUUCUUGGCAAUGGGAUUGAAUUGAUAGGAGUCGAUUGUUCUGGGAAUCCCUUUUGAAGAGCAUAUGGAGAAACCAAUCACCGGAAAAUGCUCUCAUCAACUCUGGUUAGUCAUCUUCGUCCUCUUUAUUCUAUGCCUCGUAUUAUCUUCCUUUGAUUAUUCAACUCUGAUGGGUGCCAACAAUGAAGGCACUUUUUUAUUGAAUCGACCAAACACACUUGUUAUUUUGGAGAAUGAGACCAAUUUUGCUACCAAUCAAUCUUUCAAAGACCCAGCCGUAGGAACAGAGAACAAUAUAGAUCACUGCCUGGGUAGAUACAUAUAUGUUCAUGAUCUGCCUAGCCGAUUCAACUAUGACUUCCUCAAGAAUUGUCAGUCACUUACCAGAGGGACUAACUUCAACAUGUGCCCGUACAUGGUGAACUUGGGUAUCGGCGCUGAAAUUGAAAAUUCCCAAGGGGUUUUGUCAGACAAGAGUUGGUUUUCCACAAACCAAUUCUUGUUGGAAGUCAUUUUCCACAACAAGAUGAAGAAGUACCAGUGCUUGACCAGUGAUUCAUCGCUAGCCUCGGCAAUUUUUGUGCCAUUUUAUGCCGGUCUAGAUGCCAGUCAAUUCCUUUGGAGUUCUAACCUAUCGGUGAGAGACUCUUCCGGGCAGGACCUUGUCAAGUGGCUGGCGGAAAAACCCGAGUGGAAGAAAAUGUCGGGCAGAGACCAUUUCUUGGUCGCCGGGAGGAUUUCUUGGGAUUUCAGAAGACAAACAGACGAGGCAUCCGACUGGGGUAGCAAGUUUAGGUUUCUGGGUGAAUCCAAGAACAUGACAAUGUUGUCUGUUGAAUCAAGCUCUUGGAAGAAUGAUUUUGCAAUCCCGUACCCAACAAACUUCCAUCCUUCAAAAGACAGUGAAGUGUUCGAGUGGCAAAACCACGUGAAAACCCAAAACCGGAGUUAUUUGUUUACUUUUGCUGGCGCACCUCGUCCUGAUCUUCCCGAUUCUAUUCGAGGUGUGGCUGUUGAACAGUGUAGAGCUUCAAGAGCUUGCAAAUAUAUAGAUUGUAGCUCUGAAGGGAGCAAGUGUGACGAUCCGGUUAAUGUUAUGAGGGUGUUUCAGAGCUCUGUUUAUUGCCUGCAGCCUCCAGGGGAUUCCUACACCAGGCGAUCAAUUUUCGACUCCAUUUUGGCUGGUUGUAUUCCGGUUUUCUUUCAUCCGGGUACUGCUUAUGCGCAAUAUUUAUGGCAUUUUCCAACGAAUGGUACCGAGUAUUCUGUGUAUAUACCGGUGAGGAAUGUGAAAGAUUGGAAAGGUAACGUGGAGAAGAUAUUGCUUGGGAUUCCGAAGGAUAGAGAAAUGGCCAUGAGAGAAGAGGUUAUAGGGCUUAUCCCGCGGAUAAUUUACGCAGAUCCCAGGUCGAGAUUAGAGGCUUUUGAGGAUGCGUUUGAUUUAGCGGUGAAGGGUGUUCUUGAGAGAGUAGAAGGAGUUAGGAGGGUAAUUAGCGAGGGGGGCGAUCCUGGUGUUGGUUUUGCAGAAGGGGAUGAUUAUAAGUACACAUUUUCUGAGUGGGAGAAAUUUGAAUAGGAUCCUUUGAAUAUGAGGAAAAAAAAAACCGAACAAUUUCAAAGCAAUAGUAUAAUGUAGGAUUAUAUCACUCAAUUCUGCCUAUGAAUUUUCUUUACUUUUCCAUUCUUCUAUUAAAUUGUUGUUUCUUGUUUAGUUUCAAUUCUGUAUAUAGGGAUUUUAUGCAGGUGUUACUGCAAAUAUAUACUAAUAAAAUGGAACUUCUUCAAAA